CUAAGUUCGUAUUUGCUAAAUCGAAAAAUACAUGUUCGAACUAUUGGAGUACUCCGAGGCAUUUCUUCUGGUGUAGGUUUAUUGGUGAGUGAAUCUUGUAAUUUUAAGAUAACCUGUAUGCGCGGGCAACUCUGCACACCUGUACUUUUUAAAAGUCUUAGUAGCUUACCAGAUGUUUGCAAAAUGGCAUAUUUCUUUCAAAUGUUGGCUUUCCAAAUAUGUGUUCAAGGGGACUUUUGGCUACACCCUUAUGCUUCGCUUUUGCAGUUUGGAGACAACUGGCUUGUGGGGAGUUGCAUGGCAAGCCUUGUCAUUAGGGUUGGCAUCCAUUUUCCUAUCUGUGAACCAUAGCAAAGACACACUUACCAAUGAUAUAUUCUUACAAUUGUUCAUUAUUUUGGUCAUAAGCUCUCGGCUUGGUUUGUGGAUCUUUGGUAUUUCUGUCAUCCAACUACAGCAGCAGGAAACACCCGAAAAAUACCGAUGCCUUGUUGGKGGUGUGCAGGAAUCCUUAAAUGCCCUCUUGAACAUGAUUGCCAAUGGUAUUGGCCUAAUUUUCACRCAUCCAGAUGAUUUUGUCUACAUAUCUACAAGUGGAUUCAUCAGUGUCACACUUGCCUUUUUUUUCUUUUUCCUUGGAAUAUUUCUUCCGAGAAGAAAUGCGACAAGGGAAUUGCAAACAUGCAAUAAUGGGAAGAAUUGAACAAGAUGUUGAUGUAGACCCAAAAGGGGUUGUUGAUACUCUUGCAUUCCAUUUUUGUAUUUAAAWAAGAAGCUUAUAUUACAGUGCAGACUGUGUACUAGUGAAUAAAUUGAUAGCAGAUAAUGAAGAGAAAGUUAGUGUAGUGUCAAUUGAUAAUACAUGCAAACAGUAUUUUCCACAAAAAUGUAGCAAUUUGGUUGAAAAAAGAAAAAACAGUAGUAUUGCUAGUAGACGUGUAGCAGUAUUUGGGGGGUACCAGUAGGCCUAUUACUGUUUUUUGGUUGCAUGGAAGCAAUCAUGAGAAUGCAAUUUUAGUUGCAAUUUUCGCAUACAGUAAACUUACGGUACCGGUACGUACGACAUGCUUGUAUGAAAUUACCGUAAGGUACGUAUGUUGGAACGURCGUGUGAUUGGUGAUUGGAUCUUUCCGGAGGGUUUUCGAUGUUUUUUGAAUUUGAAAUUUUUCAAAAAAAUCUGUUUUUAUUUUUUGUGUUUCCCCUUCUAAUCUGCUAAUGCAUGCUGUAACCAGUAAGUAAGUUACGGUACGGUACAAAAAUGCAUAGGGCGGACGGAUUACGCUUUUUGCGACGGCACCCGGUUCGGURGGCUAGAAGGAUUAUGUUCCACCACCGAAACCAAAACCGCCAGACUUAUACAGUAAGCAAGAAAGUGCGUACUCGUACGAGCACAGAAUGCCGGUGCACCGGUCGAGACACUGCUGAUCGGCACCGGCUCGUCCCWAACGAUGAAGCGGGAGAGGUCCUUUCACGGCCGGGGCCUCUUGGGCCUGGCGCUCUGCGYCGUUCUCUCCUUUGUGAGCGUGUACCGGGAAUCCCUCGACACGCACGCCUUUCGGGAACAACAGGCACUCCUCUAUUCCUCCUCCUCCUCGGUCCCCCGGCACGGGAACCAUGGGAUCGACGGCAAUCCCCCCGCCGGGGGUGUCACUGACAAUGCACCCCUAGGGUUGCACCGGUCGGAUUACUACCAGCACGAGCACGAGCACGAGCACGAGCACGAGCACGAGCACGAGCUCGAAUCCGAGUACCCGGGGCACCCGAGACCGAACGGAAGGGGUAGCAACGCCACGAGCGCGAGCAUCGACCGCACCGGGCGAAGCCAAAGAGCCCUUCCCCGCGUGUGCGUGUUCCUGGCUGGAGGGCAUCCCCCGUCCCACUCGUGGUCGUCGGAGGCAUCGCCGGGCAUCUUCCGGCAAAUGGCCUAUCUCUCGAACGAGAACAAUCCGUUGUCCUCCACCCCCGAUUCUUCYGCAACGGGGGCCGCGAAAGGCGACAAAAAACGAAAUCGAAAUGCGAAGGGRACGGCGGCGAUUCGAUUUGUGGUGCUCGCAGGAGAAGACGGGAUUCCGGGGAAGGAUUCCGACGCAYAUCGAACGAAUCAAACGAUGGAACUGCCUCUGCCGGCGCCCGCAUCGGGGGGCGAACGACAAGAAGCCUACAGGGACUUUGAACGCGACUGGUUUGAGAAUUGCGAAGCCGUGACAAUCGAUAAGACGGAUGCCGAUGUCGGCAGCAAGAAGAACCAAAAGCGCAAGUCGCACCAUCGAACAGAAAGCUCAAAGCGAGUCGUUCGACCCACCUGCAAUUCCUUUCACGAACUGGAUGUUGUGCAGGGRUAUUCUGAUGCCGUUCACGCCGACGAUCCUGGAAAGCGAUCCCAGAGCAUCGAGCUUCUUGGACAGGGAUCCUGGAGAAGCGUUUGGAAACUGAACAACAACAACRACGACGRCGRCGACGGCGACCACCACAGCAGCGUCGUUUUGAAGCUGCUGCAUACCCACCACGACUUUGACGAGUAUUCGUACUCUAUUCACGAGAUGGACGCCAUCGUCAUGGAGGCACUGACGGCAUCGGAAUACGUGGUCGAUAGCUACGGGUUUUGCGGCCAGAGUGUCCUCACAGAAGCGGCUACCGAGUCGGGGCGAUCCUUCAUCAAGCGCAAAGAAUGGAGUUGGAGAGACCGCAUCAAGAUGGCACGGGAUCURGCCCGUGGGCUGGCCGACCUCCACGCCUUUGCCGCACAUCCGUACGGCGACAGAAGCAACGGGAAUCGGAAGAAGGAACAGCCGCCGCCGCUGCCUCUUGUCUUUGCCCACCACGACGUCAAUCCGGCCAACGUGAUCGCCGUCCACCCCGGCCGGAUUCGGUGGAACGACUUYAAUCUCGGAAUCCUCAAUCGAUACUAUCGCAAACCCCACGAUCCUUCMYCGACAGCCCCGGAAACCAACAGCAGCCACAAGCAGGCGGGGUCGAGRCUGCCAUCCGACUACAAAGAAUGCCCGACACCGAUCCGGUACGAGCAGCUCCUGUGGAGAUCCCCCGAAGAGUGCUACAACCAAACCGGAACGCUCCUUCUCGACCCGGAGAACAGCGGCAGAAACACCGCCGCACAGGCCGCRGAUGUCUACAGCCUGGGAAACAUCUUGUUCUAYGUCCUAGCGAGGCACCAGCCRUGGAGCCACCUGGAAGAAGACACRCAUCCACCGAGCGGCAACGAAACCACCGAAAUGGCAUCGAACUCCACCMCUUCCGCMAAACUGGACACGGGCAGCACCCUCCAGAACAAGAAGGAUUCCCUCGCGAGCAUCGGGCGGGCCAAGGUCGGGGGCAAGCUGCCGAACCUCCCCGAGCGCUACCUGGCGCGGAMCGAGGCCAGGCUCCUGUGGAAGGCCGUCCAGAGGUGCUACGAGCACGAUCCGACACUCCGACCCACGGCCCUGGAGGUUGCCGGRAUUCUCGGAGACGCCUACGAGAAGGCGCUGGCCUACCACGAUCGCGACAAGGGGAAACGGAACCAGAAAUCCAAGAAACCAAAACCGAGAUCCUAUCCAAGAGCAGAAGAAUAGACCCCGGACAAGAACACCGAGCACUACCGCUGAGCCCGGGCCGCCUCUUCUKKCGCUGGCGUAGGCAAGAACCGCAAAC